AUGAGCUCGAAGAAAGGCAGAGAUCUGUCAAUCACCCUCGUGUCCUUCUACAUGAAAAUCGUUGGCUUUUGGCUGGUGAAGAACCAUGUCGAAGAACGUUGGAGGAACUUUGCUAUGAUUUAUACAACUUUCGCAAUUUUCGUUGCCAUCGUGGUCGAAAUGAGGGAUCUGUACUUCACUUGGGGAGAUUUUAGCGGUACUGUAUACAUCGUGUGCAACCUCGUAACUAUUAUUCUAGUUUUGUUCAAAAUUUUGGUUUGUUUUGUAUACAAAAAGGAGUUACUUAGUUUGAUACGAUACGCGAAAACGAAUUUUUGGCAUUCGAAUUACAAUUCACACGAACGAAUGAUUGUGGAUAGGUGUAAACGUACUUGUACGGUUCUCGUUUGCGUCUUCACUUUCUUCGCUCAAGGAACAGUUAUCUCUUACGUGAUAGGACCAAUUCAAGCAAAUAUUGGAAGAAACGAAACAAAUCGAAUACUUCCAUUCAAUAUAUGGUUGAACGCACCAAUAUGCUACAUGACACCAUACUUUGAAGUCGAGUUUAUCAUACAGGUUUUGUGCCUGUAUCAUGUUGGCGUAUGCUAUCUUUGUUUCGACAAUAUUUUAUGCAUUAUAAAUCUACAUACUGCUGGACAGUUUCGUAUCUUACAAUAUAGACUUGAAAAUAUGUGCGGUGUAAAUAACAAGGGAAAAUUGUCGUACAGCGUAUGUAAAUAUAUGAAACUUAAAACCUAUAUUCAGCAACAUCAAAUGCUCAUUGAAUAUUGUAAAAAACUUGAACAAGUGUUUAAUUUGAUUGUGCUUGGACAAGUAUCGCUCUUCAGCUUAUUAAUGUGCCUCGAUGGAUAUUUAGUACUUACGUCUGGUUCAUAG